AUGAAACUAUCUUACUUUACCCUCAGUUUUUUUUUGACUGCACUUGCGUCGGCUAAGUCUGGUACAAGCCCUGAUAUCUUUAAAAAAGAUAAGCCACCAUCCAAGUAUGACUCUAAGAAGGGAUUUUUCAAACAGAGCGACGACUCAACUGAUGAAACUACAUUUGAUGUAAUCACUGAAAAUUUUGGACUUGAAGAUGGAGUUACUUGGGACCAAGUCAUUAAGUAUGUUAAUGAUAAGAACAAGGAACAUUAUGAUGAUGGUGAGGCUUACAAAUUAUUUUUCCUCGGCAGACAUGGAGAAGGAUAUCAUAACAUUGCACCAUUGGAAUACUCCACCACAGAUUGGACUUGUUAUUGGCAAAUUAGAGAUGGUAACGGGAACAUUUCGUGGUUUGAUGCUGAAUUGACUGAUAAGGGGAUCGGACAAGCUAAGAAUCUUUCCAUUGCAUGGCAAGAUCAAUUAGCCCACAAUCUGGCCCCAUUACCCCAAUCAUAUUAUGUUUCACCAUUGAGAAGAACUUGUCAAACUUUCAACUAUACUUGGGCACCAAUUACCAACUAUUCAGAUGUUGAAAAAUAUGCCCCAACUGUAAAAGAGUUAGCAAGAGAAACUUAUGGGAUUGGAACUGAAAGUGAAAGACAUACCAAGAGUUUUAUUCAUUCUAAUUGGCCACAAUUUGUGUUUGAGGAUGUAUUUACUGAAGCUGACGAACUCUGGACCAAAGAACAACACGAAUCCAAGCAACACCGUAACUACCGUGCAAAUGUUUUACUUAAUGACAUCUUUAGCAAUGACCCAAACACCGUGAUUUCAGUCACCACACAUCAUGGAUUUAUUAACAGCAUUUUAAAGACAGCAAACCACCGUAAGUUUGUUGUAGGAACUGGCCAAAUGAUUCCAGUGGUUAUCAAGGCAAGUGCAUCUAAAAAGUUCGAUACACCAACGUUGACAAAACCUUGGGUUGAAUACUCUUCGGAAUGUGCCACUUUCAACCCAUCUCAAUAG